AUGAGAACAUCCGAAGUUUUAGAGCGCGAUCGACCAAGUCACGGUGCCUAUGUGUCCACACUAAGGGUGCUCUUGCGGCUCACAAACGCCCUGCUGGCGCUCUUGGGCCUGGCCAUGCUGGGCUAUGCAGUCUACAUGUUUCUCAAGUUCAUCUUUGCGUUUGGCGGCGUGGGCCUAUUCACAUGCAUCACAGCGGCGUCGGGGCUGGCAGGUGUUACGUGGAACAGCCGCGCGCUGCUGGGAAUGUACUCUGUGCUGCUCGUGGUCAUGCUGCUGGCGCAGGCCGUUGUCGCAGCCGCGCUGUUCACUGACAAGUCCUGGCGGCGCUACCUGCCGCCUGAUGAGACCGGCGAGGUCAAGAAGAUCGAGCGCUUUGUGAAGAGCAAGCUGGAUGUGUGCCGGUGGGUCGGCCUGGCAGUGCUGGUGGUGCAGCUGCUCAGCCUGGCGCUGGCAUAUGCCCUCAGCACCGCACAGCAGCGCCUGCUGGAAGUCAGUGAUGAUGACGAGGAUGAGGUGUGGGGAAGGAGGCGGCCGCUGCUUAGCAGCGAGCCAGAGUCGCCGAUGGAGAGGGGGGAUGCGCGGACAGACGCUUGGAGCGCGCGCAUGCGGGACAAGUACGGCCUUGACACCUCGCGCUACACCUACAACCCCGACGACCGCCGCGCGUCCUCUGGCUCUGAGCUGCCGGCCGGCGCCGAAACGGCUGCCACCAGCCGCCGGUGUGCCGUCAUGUGA